AUGGCGAUAUCGAGCCCGGGGCGGCAGGAAAAGUUCCAGCCGCCAUCAAAGAAACUCUCGAGGAGUAGCACCGGCAGCAGAAGCAGACAGACGCCCAUUUUCUACAGAAGAAAGGGUGGUGGCGGAAUGACGGAGAGUGGUGAUGAAGAACCGUAUUCUCCAAAAGUAACCUGCAUUGGGCAGGUCCGACCUAGAAAAUCCGGCGGGCGCCGCCGCCGGUGCUGGUUCUGGGGGAGAAUUCUGUGGAGGCGAAGGGGUUUGAGAAGGGUUUUGUAUAAAUGGGCAGUGUUUUUGAAGUGCAAGAAAGUUGAUGCAGUUGCAGAGGAUUGUUUAAGAAAGUUGGAGGCUCCGCCGAGGAAUGGAUUGAUGAUGUCAAGAAUCCCACAAGAGACCUUCCAGAAUGUUGGAGCUUUGAUUGUGCACCCUUUGAUGCUCACUAGGUGUAAAUCGGAACCUGCAAGAAUUAGCUACACACAGGUUUCAUUUAAAUAUAUACAUACUGAUACUGUGUAA